AUGGCUGAAGUGGAAACAUUCUCAGGAUUUAGAGUAUAUAAACAUUUUAAAGAUAGAAACAGCUAUCACAAGAAUCAUCUGAGAAGACUCAGAAAUGAAUACGUUGUAGAGUCGCUGUUUGGAACAAACGAACAGGCGCUCCCAAACAGUAAAACAAGGAAGUUGGCGAAAAAAUUGAAAUCGCUACAAGAAAUAUCGGACACCUUCUUCCAAAGAGUUAAGUUGGAGCCGGAGGUGCUGGAAGCAUUCAAGAAUGUGUUCGGGUCGAGCUUCGAGCACGGAACAAUAGACCACGAGUCGUUCCUGAAGUCGGAAAAAAAUAGUCAUUUUAAGCUAAUAAGGCUGUUGUUUGAGACGUUGUCGGGGAACUAUGACAGGAUCUUGGACCUGGAAAACCAAGUACAGAGCCUGACGGAUGAGAACUCGAGCCUGAACGCAUACGUGUCGGACGUGCAAGAGGAAAUGACGAAACUGAGAAAAUUUGCAUCAGACUGCAACGAGAUGAGAGUGUCGGAGCUGGGAAUACAGUCGGAAGAGUACCAAAUCCUGUACGAAAAGCACUCGAGUCUUCAGGAGGAAAUGAAGACGCUGCUGCAAAAAAACUAUAAGUUGGAGAAGCAAGUGUCAAAAAUACUGGAGCGCGAUGACGAGGAGGAGCACCGAAGAGAAGGGAUCAGAGAAGAAGGAGCCUUGGAGGUUGAGCAGCUGGGAGUGCCGUACGGAGUGGACCUGUUUGAGCCAGAGCUGGACGAGAGCAGGUUCCAGAGUAAAGUGGAAGAGUACGAAAAGAGAAUAGAGGAGAUGAGGAAAAGCAACAACGCACUCUUCGACGAAAACAUUAGGCUGAAGAAAAAGUCGCAGGAGAGUUUCGGAGCGGAAAAGUUCGUGACGCUGAGUCUGCUCUUCAACCAGAUCACGAGGACGCACAACAAGCUAUUCCAGGACCAGCAGGAGCUGGAAAGAGCGAAGGCGGACACGGAAACGUACCAGAAGCUGAGCAUGGCACUGUACGACGCAAAAAUGAACACGCUGGAGUACGAAAACAGGACCUACAAGGAAAAGCUGGGAGAGAUGGAGGAGACGCUGAAGCUGGAGACAGUGGGAAGGUUCUCGCUGGAGUCGAUCGUGUCGCAGCUGAAGAUGGAGUUGCACCAGGCACAACAAGUGUACCUGAAGCUGGAGACCCUGAACAGCUCACUGCUGACGAACGGGCACGAGCUGGACCUGGUGAAGACGAACAGAGACGUGCUGUCGGAGCAGCUGAGUAGAAUGAAGCACAUGGUGACGAGCCUGACGAAGGAGAAACACGAGCUCUCGUCGAAAGUGUUCAACCUGGAGUACACGAAGGAGACGCUGCUGAAGGAGCUAGAUGUGCUGAAGGACCAGGUGAGGAAGGUGGAGAGGCUGCUGAUGGACAGAGCGGAGGACAGGCUGGACUUCAAGGACAAAAUCACGAACAUACAGCUGGAGACGAACGCGAAGAUACUGGAGGACAAGCUGAUCAGAAUCAAGAUGCAGAACGACGAGCUGAAGCUGGAAAACACAAACCUGACGACGAGCAUGAUAGAGCUGAAGAAUAACCUGGAGAGAGAAAGAAGAGAAAACUCGGAGCUUAUGAAAAAGGUGUCGCUGUCUAUGAAAAAUGAGGCGAAGAUGACGGCGGAGAUGCAGCAAAUCGCCAACGAAAUUAAUGGGCUUAAGGCAUCGCUGGAAACGGGAGCAGUUAACCUGAGGCACAUGAGCGACGACCUGGGCCUGAUGAACAGGAAGCUCUUCGAGAAGGACCUGCAGCUCUCGGCGCUGGAGGCGAAGAGGGACACGGUGACGUCAGCGCUGACGGAGUUCGCAGCGAAGCUGAGCAGAUGCAGGCUGAAUACAGUGAGCGUGGAGGAGCUGCGAAGCAUAGACAUCAAGGCGCUCAACUACGGAGAGUUGAUACAGCUGUUGACUAGCACGGGAGUGACGGGAGCGACGGCGAGCAUAUUUAGCGUCUCGGGAAACACAGUGUCGUUCAGCACAGGAGGGCAGAGCAUUGGGCUGAAUGCAGCAGCGCUAAGCACCUCGGGGAACCAGGGAGCCCUGAAUCAAGGCUCAGGAGACAGCACGUCCCAGUUCAGUAACACACAACCCGGAGGAUCGUUUGCAAAUCCGUUCGCAAGUGCACUGGCGGACAGCACGUCAGGAGCGAGUGGCUAUGGGCAGAGAGGGAGCAAAAGAGGGUCGGCGAGUAAGACUGUGCUCAAGGACGGGACGGAGGAGCACCUGAUGAGGAGUCUGACGAACCUGAUCAACUUUAACGAGUUCCUCUCAGUGCUCUGCGUAAACCUGGCGAAGCAGCUGGGCACGCUGACGAACAACAUGCUUAACGUGACGAACUUCUCGAACAUAUACGAGACGUUUAAAAUGGAGCUGGUGGAUGUGGACACGUUCAAAAACGAGUGCAUGGUUAAAAUAAGUGACCUGGAAACAAAGAUAGUGAGUCUGGAGCAGUUAAACGAGCAGCUGGGAGAAAAACACGUCUGGGAGAAGAGCAUAGUGCGCCUGAAGGAAAACUACGAAAAGUCGCUGAGCAACUACAAGAUGAUGCUGAAGGAGUGCAGACACCUGCUUAAGCUGAACGAGACGGCACUAGAUUCGCUGCGAAGCGAAAACUCUAGGCUGCUGGCAGACUGCUCAGGAGCAGCGAACGUUAUGGUGGAGUACGAGAACAAGCUCGCCGACUCGACGAGUGAGCUGAUGCAGCUGAAGGAGCUGAUAUUCACAGUGCUGCCGAGGGAUCUGAAGACGAACGCGACGCGGGAGACGCCGAUGAGGUCGAUAGAGCUCCUGAUGAGCUACCUGAACAACAUAGGCGUUGCUGAGCCGAUCAGCGUAAACUAUGGUGAAUACGGAGCGCGAAAUCGCAUGAACGAGUACAGAAUGCGCACCACGAGUGUACACACAAACAACCACACGAGUCCAGCACGGGUGAAUGAACACGCUGCCGCAAGCAACGCACACGACAUUUUCAGCACAGGCCGCACGAGCAAUCCACUUAGCACAGGCGGAAGGGUUGACGCCAACCACGGGUCGAUUGGUCGACUGGAUAGUGCGACGAGCACGUACAACAGAGCAAGCAGCAACGUCAACGUCAACGCUGCAAACACCAGUAACGUUAACGCUGCAAACACCAGUAACGUUAACCCAAACAGUUCGUACGCCGGAAACAGUUCAUACAGAGCAGACACUAACAACGCGAUCAGUUCAUACACCGGAAACAGUAGUAACGUUAACGCAAACAGUAGUGCGAACGAGGCAGACAGGGUGAGUGGAUUUCAUAGAGGAAGUUUGCAGCAGUACGACCAGAAAAGACCGGGCGAACAGCAAGAGUUGACAUCGUCGUCAUCGAGUUCAGCAAGGAACAGAAGGGGGCCUGAGGACUACGGAGGAGGAGACCCGGGUAGUGAUGAAAAGUACGAAUACGGAAAAGAGGCGCUGAUGCAGAAGGAGCAGCAGCUUAACGACGUGUACGACGACGUCAACUACUACUGUAAACUCAUAGUUACUGAAAUCAAGUCGCAAAUGAACGCAGAUAGACAAAUAGAUACAGACUAUGAGUCAAAUUACAGUAUUCACGAAGUGGAGUCGGAAGAUACAGUGAGCGACUACAAGGACGAAGACUACGUGGUGGACAAAUUCGAAGAAAUACUUAACCUGUUGAAUAAACUCUACUACCAUAGAAAUUAUCAAGGAAUAAAGUACUCUGGAAGCAUAGAGGAUGAAACGAGUAGCAAUAAGAGGUCGGAGGCAUAUGGAAUGGGAAGUGGCACGGGAAACGGAGGCACCGGCGAAGCUAACACAAUCGUGAUGGACAUGAACGUCAUGAAGAGCAUCAACAAGUUCGCAGAGACGCUGAGAAUGUACUAUAGAGCAUGCAAUAAGCCGAAUGAGUUCUUAUUGGACGACCUGGAGUACCAAAUGGAGUCAAUACCGACGAUAAUGGACAGCGAGGCAAAGUUCAAGACGUUCACGAAGAGCCUGACGAAACUGAUGAACCUGGCGGGAGAGUUCAUAUACGAGCAGCUGACGGAAAACUCGGAGAGAAUGGAGGCAAUGGCUAAGCAGCUGCAGGAAAACGGAGAGCUGAUACAGAAGCUGGACGACAUGAACGCAGAAAAGGACCAGCAGCUGAGGUCGCUGCAGUACGAGCUGAACGAGGCGAAGAUGCAGUGCGUGCGCCUGCGCCAGGCGUGCGAGUGCGAGAAGGACCAGCUUAAGCAGGCGAGCCUGAGUCUGAGCCAGUACGAGAGCGACGUGCGGCGGCUGCGGGAGGACCUGGAGGCGAGCUCGAAGAAGAACGAGAAGCUGCUGCUCCUGGCGCUGAGUGAAGAUUUCGCAAAUCUGAGGAGGAAAAUACAGGAAGAUGAGCUGGAUUUGACGAAAUUGGAUUCUUCUCAGAUAAGGGACCUAUCUGAGCAGGUAUCGGCGGGACUACGCGGUCAGCAGCUGGAGAGGAGCCUGGUGGAGAAGUUUUCGAACAUGGUCUCGGAAUACAUUCAAGGGGACUCUCCGGAGUGCAAAAAGUUCACGCUCGACGAUUACUACUCGCUUUUGAACUACAACUACUUCGCCAGAUCUGACAAGUACAUAAGUAUAUUGACUGCGAGCAUAUGCAAGUAA